UUAUUAUUUAGUUUUUAAUUUUCUCUAAAUCUAAAGGCACAACUUAGAUUCGAGCCAAUGUUGUAAGUAAUCAAACAUGGUAUUACCCCAACCUUGUGAAAGUAACAAACUGACACGUUUUCAUUUUCGUCAAAAACGGCUUGAUAUCGAAAGACUUCCGUUGAUUUGACGGCCUGCACAUGCGGAGUUUGGCGCUAGACGACGGUUAGUCCCGAUUACAAGUUUAUACGCAUGAGCCUUGCUAUACAACGUCGCCAUGACAUCGCCUACAAGUGUGAUCGGGGAAUUCUAUUGGAUAAGCAGUUUUAGCCUAUCUUCAUACUGUACCGUCUUUGAUCAAAUUAAUUGUCCGGCAAAAGCCUAACGUAGCUAGCUGCUUAGCUAAAUUGUAUCUCUCUAAAUUAUUACGUUGUUAAUUAUGUGAGUAAUCAAAUGUUUGCAAUUGGCUAUACUUUGCGAUAAAAUAACCAAUAGCUGAAUGACGUAGAUAACUGAUCUAUUUAGCUAGCUAGGCUAGCUUGGUAACAUUUGUCAUGUACAGCUAAUCAGUUUGUUGGAGAAAGAAAAUGAUAUCUAUCCAAUAGUAUAAUCUACGAUGACGAGAAGAUUGUAGUGUGGAAACCAUGAAAAGAUCUAGAAGUGUUGGUGCGUCUUCACCUUUGAAUGGGAUUGGAAAACAAGAUGGGGACCCCCGGAGGAAGAGGAAGUUGGCGGAGAUCUCUCAGGCCCUGAAUGUGAUGCCAGUUGAUGUGGCAGUGCUGAGGAGGAUGGCCAUCAGCGAGGGGGGGCUGCUCACUGAUGAGAUCCGCUGUAAAGUGUGGCCACGGCUGCUCAACGUGCCCACCGACAUCCUGCCUGAGAAAUCAGAGGAAGUAGAGCGGGAGAAUAAUAAGGACUAUAACCAGGUGCUGUUGGAUGUCCAGCGUUCCCUGCGAAGAUUCCCUCCUGGCAUGCCAAACGAGCAGCGUGAGGGCCUCCAGGAGGAGCUGAUUGACAUCAUCCUGCGGGUGCUGGGAAGGAACACUCAGCUGCACUACUACCAGGGCUACCACGACAUCGUGGUCACCUUCCUGCUGGUGCUGGGCGAGCGGCUUGCUACCGCUCUGGUGGAGAAACUCUCCACGCACCACCUCAGGGACUUUAUGGACCCCACCAUGGACAACACUAAACACAUCCUUAACUAUCUGAUGCCAAUCAUCGAGAGGGUCAAUCCAGAGGUGCAUGACUUCAUGCAGCAGGCGGAGGUGGGCACCAUCUUCGCCCUUAGCUGGCUCAUCACCUGGUUUGGCCAUGUCCUGUCAGAUUUCCGACACGUUGUGCGGUUGUAUGACUUCUUCCUGGCCUGCCAUCCCCUGAUGCCAAUCUACUUUGCUGCUGUGAUUGUGCAGUACCGGGAGGAUGAGGUGUUGGACUGUGAGUGUGACAUGGCGUCGGUGCACCAUCUCCUGUCCCAGAUCCCCCAGGACCUGCCCUACGAGACGCUCAUCAGCCGCGCAGGAGACCUUUUUGUCCAGUUCCCCCCCUCCGAGCUGGCCAGGGAGGCUGCCCAGCAGUACAGUCAACAGAUGGCAGCCUCCACCUUUAAAGACUUUGAUCUGACCCCGGAGCAGCAGCGGCCGGACACGGUGCUGCGGAGGCGGCGGAGAGAGAGGCAGGCACUGAAGGGAGCUGCUGCAGGUGCUAUGGUGGCGACCGCCCAACCCACCACGGCUCGGCGCUUCGUCCGACUGGCCGUCAUGGGGCUCACUGUGGCCCUGGGGGCAGCCGCCCUAACCCUGGUCAACACGGCCCUAGAGUGGGCGCCCAAACUGGACCUACACCUCUUCCCCUGAGAGAGAGUGAAGGGGACUUGUGAGAGAGUGAAGGGGCCUUGUAGGCGAGUGAAGGGGCCUUGUAGGCGAGUGAAGGGGCCUUGUAGGCGAGUGAAGGGGGCUGAUGGCCAUUACAGCAGAAGACAUCCACGGGAAGGAGAGAGAAUAGAGAUCUUUGUAAAGAGAAUAUGAAGUUAUUUUCCACAUUAAUAUGAAGGACGUGAAUGGAACAGAGACUUGACUGUCAACGUUGUAUUUAAUUUAUAUUUGUUAAUAAAACCGAAUGGUGAUAAA